AUGUCGGACAGCGAAGAGCACCAGUUCGAGUCGAAGGCAGACGCCGGCGCUUCCAAGACCUACCCGCAGCAGGCCGGCACCAUUCGCAAGAACGGCUACAUCGUCAUCAAGAACCGCCCCUGCAAGGUUGUGGAGGUUUCAACAUCUAAAACCGGGAAGCAUGGUCAUGCCAAGUGCCACUUUGUUGCUAUUGACAUCUUCACCGGCAAGAAACUUGAAGAUAUUGUGCCAUCUUCUCACAACUGUGAUGUUCCUCAUGUGAAUCGCACAGAAUACCAGCUCAUUGAUAUAUCUGAGGAUGGAUUUGUGAGUCUGCUCACUGAUAAUGGUAACACCAAAGAUGACCUCAAGCUCCCGACUGAUGAAACCCUCCUUGGCCAGAUCAAGGAUGGGUUUGCUGAAGGGAAGGACCUGGUGGUGUCUGUCAUGUCCGCCAUGGGAGAGGAGCAGAUUAAUGCGCUCAAGGACAUUGGCCCCAAUCCUAAAUUCAUGGGUGACUCUGGAGAUACUACUCCCUAG